AUGGUGAGGGAGCCGGCGGUCACUCUGCACCUGUCAAGGCUAAGCCCCUCAUGGUUGGACCCCAUCACCAGCUUCUUAGAAAACGGCAAACUCCCCGACGACGAAAAAGAUGCCAAGAAACUGAGAAGGGAAGCAGCCAAGUACGCGAUCAUCCAGGGUCAUCUGUUCAGAAAAGGAUUCAGCCAGCCCCUAUUGAAAUGUCUACACCCCGACCAAACGAACUACGUCCUCAGGGAAAUCCAUGAAGGGUGUUGCGGCCAUCACAUAGGGGGCAAAGCCCUAGCAAGAAAGUUAAUCCGAGCUGGAUACUAUUGGCCAUCAAUGAUGGCAGACUCUAAAGAAUUCGUCAGAAAAUGCGUCAAGUGUCAAGAGAACGCCAAUUUCCACAAGGCACCGGCCUCCGAGCUAAGCCUGUUAACGUCUUCCCGGCCAUUCUCACAAUGGGGAGUUGACUCUUGGGGCCCUUCCUGGUUGGUCCUGGACAAGUCAAGUACCUCAUAG